AUGACGGAAGUGAGCGCCCACUCGCCAGUCCUUCAGAUGACCCAGAAAAUAAACCGGAAGAUGCGCAGGUUGGGGAAAACAGUUGCAAACAUUGAGAACAUGGUCAGUGAAUUAUUCGAAGACAAGGAUCAAUGUACGGAUAUGCUAGCAAAUAUUACCCAUCCGUCAGGAGGAGAGCCAAAUAUUGACAUCGACAUAUUAAACGCCAGCGACGGCGGCACAGGUGGUUCGUCAUCGACCAUUGUCGGCGUAAAGGUACCAUACAGUUACAACGAGUGUUUGGCUGACAUCAACACCGCGUAUGUCCCUCUGCAGAACGCUAGGAUCUGGUGUCUUCGUGUAGUUCUCUGGCAGUUCAAGAAUAACCUGUUUAGCGAUGACUUUGCGGAGCUGGAUGAGCUCGAAGAAGCCGAAAUACUUCAGGUUUACUAACAUUUUAAGUAAUAUGGCAACAAUAUUGAUGAUAACAGCGCUAGGCGAAAGCGCAGCACUCGGCUAAUCAGAAGACUUGCCCCGCGUAAUAUAACGUCACCGCGAACGGGUUUCCGAACUCGACGGGAGUAUCGUACGCUCUCUAUUGUAGAAAGAGAAAGAUUCCACGAUGCCUUAAACGAACUAUACGACGAUGAGACGAUGCUGUGUUUUGCCCUGGUACAUCGGAUGGCGUUAAGAAGAGGUGGUGCACACGGAGGAAACGCCUUCCUUCCCUGGCACCGAGCUUUCCUCGCGCUCUUUGAGGAGGCAUUACGACGUGUAGAUGACCGAGUGUUCCUUCCCUAUUGGGAUAGUUCCAAAGAUGACAACAUGCCUGCUGGACCUGGAUUCUCAAUCAUGUGGGACGACGACCAUUUGGGCACUGGGUCAGGCUUAGUUGACAGCGGGCCGUUUGCUGGCUGGGAAGCUCGAGAAACCCCACUUAGGCGAGACAUAGCCCGUGGCUCGGGUUCUCUCAUCCGUCAAUCCAGGAUUGACUUUCUCAUGGAAUUCUGUCGACUAGCGGACUUUGACGGACGGUGGGAGGGCUCUCACAACAACGUACACCGAUGGGUCGGUGGUACUAUGGCACGUAGCAUGGCAGCUGCCGAUCCCGUCUUCUACAUGCACCAUGCAUUCAUCGACUACCAAUGGGAAAAAUUUCGACAGCGACAAAGGGAUAUAUGUGGGGUUGAUCCAGCGUUUGAUUACCCGCCGAACGACGAGGAUAAGCCUGAGCAUAACCCUGACGAGAGAAUGGUUGGGAUGCGUUUUCUUGAUAAUAUUGAUGGAAUUAAAGACUAUUGGACAGACAAUUGGUUCGAUUAUGAGGAUUCGCCGAGUUGCGCUAAUAAUUGUAGCGGAAGCCCUGAUCUAUUCUGCGACGAAGAUCUUGAUCUGUGCGUGUCGGAAAUGAGGUUUGUCGUCGAUGAAGAGAAUGUAGGAAAUCGAAGGCGUAAAAAGCGGGAAAUUACUCAUGCCGAUAUGCUAGCGGACGGAGUUACGCCUUACUCUGGCGAGUGUACGAAAAACCCAUAUGGACGUACAUGUGUCAAUCCGCCAGCGCCAGAGACAGACGAAGAGUGGGUUGAAGCAUUGGCCCGAGACGAGGAGUACAAACUUCCGGAACCGAUCAAAAAGGUCGACAAAAUCUUGCAAGAAAAUAUACGUUACGCUGACUCUUUGCCUGUUGAGAGCGAACAAAUAUUAUUUUUCCCGAAUCAGGAAGAGGGUAACGAUUGUCGGCUACUCGAAAAAUGCUCGUAUGACUUACUGACGGCCGUCGUAAAGGGUCGCAAGAUUUCUAAAAAAGGUAGGGUGGCCACAAAUCCUCCUACUCGUCGUCCUGUGACCACUACGCGUCGACCUCGUCAAGUGACAACCGCUCGCCUUCCUACGCCGGUCACUGUUCGCACUAUUCCGCCAAGAACAUAA